CCGAGGGUCCGCCGGCACCACCGCCCCUUCUGCUCGGCCUCCCCCCGCGGCGGAGGAGGAGGCGGCGGCCGCAGGAUGGAAAAGAGACCAGCCUGAAAACUUUCCCCUUUGUGGGCUUUGCGGUUGUCUGCUAGAAUGUUCCUUAUGAAUGCUUCUCCUCUGGUAGCUCUUCAGACACAAUGGGAAUCCUUUGGACCGGUGAGGAAUUGUAGAUACCCUGUUUGCUUCUCUGAGUCUGAAGGGGACAUCGCCAGAAACUCUGUGCAUGCAAAAGUUCAAAUGAUCAUAAGCAGCCUGCAAAGUCAAGAGUCUCCCCUGGGUAUGAACAAUGAGUGUGAAUGUAUUAUGCAGAAGAAACAAAAGGGAGAAAAAGGCACGAGCGAUAGGGUUGCAUCUAGCACCACACUGCUCCAGAAGCAUCCCAAAUACACCCAGAGGGGCUGUCCUGCUGAUUCAGAUGACGCUGAAGAGAAUGUGGAGUUUGGGACUCUCUUGCUUGAUUCUGAUAGUGACGAUUCUGUUGACCGUGGUAUAGAGGAAGCUAUUCAGGAGUACCUGAAAGCAAAAGGAAAAAGCGACCAGUCAUUACAGAGGAAUGCAGAGUGUUCCGAAAACAUAGGCAGAGACAAAAGGCUUAAGAGAGAAUUCUCCCAGGACAAAAUGUCUGGUAACCUUCUCCCUGUGAAAUUUAAAGCAGAUAUGCUCUCUGAAGAGUACUUUUCUGACCAGCUUAGAAUUGGUAAAAGGCUACAGCCUGCUUCCCCUCAGAGCAUUAGUAGUGAUGACUCUUUUGAACAGAGCAUACAGGCUGAAAUUGUGCAGUUCUUGAAUGAGAAGAAGCAACAAGAAAUUAGCAAGUGUGUAAUCGGGCAGGGUAAAAAAGAUUCCCAUGUGAGAUCUGUCCUUAAAAGCAACAAACAAGCUUCCAACAAAACAAACUGCGGUGCUGUGAAGCGAGGUUGUAACGCGCUCCUCUUGAGACACCAUCCCAAGCUACGGAAAACCAGCACGCAGUCCAAGUGUUUGAAGUCUAAACUCCAGGAAAUGCCUGGUGAUUUCCACCAAGUGGACCAAGCUUAUCUAGAAGCAGCCAGCCAGCCCUGGUUACUGCAGCAAAAUGAAGAAAGUGGAACUAACUACUGGCAUCCUAGUGGAACCAUUAUGGAUGAGAGCAUGCACGCAUCCGACUCCAGCAGCGAUGAUGGGAUCGAAGAAGCCAUUCAGCUUUAUCAGCUGGAGAAGAUCAGGAAAGAGGCAGGUCACACAACGGACUGUGUCCCUUUGCAAAGGGAGCAAUUUGACACAAAGGGUAUAGCGGACAUUUCAGCAAGCCUGACAAUUAGCUCGACAAAAAGUGCCUCACCAGAAAUCUGUAAAAGCCCUACGAGCAACAAGAGGAAGGAGAUUAAUUCAAAGUCAGCAGAAUUAGAAAGCUCCAGCAAUGACUUUAACAGGCUGUUUAAACCACUGAAAAAAGCCAGGCAUUUUGUACCUCCAGAAAACAAGAUUGCUGCUUGCGAGCUCACAUUGCAGGCUUCUUGCAGAGCAGACACAUCUGCAGAACUCAUGUGUGCAGAAGCUAUUCUUGAUAUUUCCAAAACAAUCAUGCCAUCCCAAAUGGGAAGUGACAGCAAAUCCCUCGCUGCAGAUUCCUUCUUUUCUCCCCAGCUUCUCUCAUCUUCCCAUUGUGAAAGUGACAGCAGCCUUGUGGACAGCGAUGACAGCAUAGAGCAAGAAAUCCGGGCUUUUUUGGCUCUGAAAGCACAGUCAGAAAGCCUUGUAACAAAGCCUCCUGGCCUUGUAACAAAGCCUCCUGGCCUGUCACACUCGAUCCAGACGCCUUUGCCUUCUGAUCAAAACAGCCUCACUGGUACCCUGGAGCCUUCUCUUCCCAAAACACUGAAACUCUCACCGAGUCGUAAAAAGAGACUUAAAAGGGAAGGCGGAGUAGCAAAGCAAAGUGCAUCGAAAGCAUCCGAACUGCUGGGGACGGGAUUUUUUCAGCCAGAUGCCUAUUCAAAAGUUCCUGUGCUCCAGGAGGGCACCCUGAGCAGCUCUGAAGGACUCUGUGGCGCUCCGAUGCUCAGCAGCAAUGAGACUGAGCAGCAGCAGCUGAUGUCUUCCGAGCCGUCUGAAUCUGUUGGUGAAUGUGUGGCCUUGGAUGCUGGAAAUCCUUUUUUGCAGGUUCAGAGUGGUGCCAGACAGCUUGUGAAAAAGACCGUCCAAAGUCAAGAGAGGGAUGGUUCAGAUGAUGAGAGCAGUUCUCUGGAUAGCGAUGAGGACCUUGAUAGUGCUAUUAAGGACCUUUUACGAUCUAAAAGAAAAUUAAAGAAGAAGUCUAAGGACCAGAAAUCUCAGUGCAAGAAGAGAGUCAGGUGUACCGAGACAGACAGUCAGCUGCUGGAUGAGGUCAGUGAUCUGCAGCAAAGUGAGUGGAAAGGUAAAAAUCCCGUGCUGCUGAAAAGCUGCCUCUCAAAAUCUAGAAAAGCUGUGAAGGAGAAUGCAGUCAGAAAUCAUCCAGAUGAAGUAAAUGUCAGCCUUUCUAGUGAAAGACCUGAAGCCGUUAAGAACGUAGAGUGUGAUUUACAGCUUAAAAAAGGAUGCAAACCUGAACCCGUUUCGAACCAGAAUAACCUUCAGAUAGCUAAAAACAGGAAAUGUGUUUUCACAGCUGCAUCAGGCACUGAUGAUAGCAGUUCAGUGGACAGUGAUGACAGCAUUGAACAAGAAAUUAGGAAAUUUUUGGCAGAAAAGGCUAAAGACUCUGCAGGCAAUUCAGAGAUGCAAAAAAAUGAGGCAACUCUAGACCUGUUGAGCAAACAAACUGCAAGUAAAGGAAAAGUGAAGCAGCAGUCGGUUGAAAAUGAGAUGGACUUCUUGCUGGGUCAGACUAAAAAGACUAAGGGAUCUCAGCAAACUGAUGAGUUGAAGAGCUCUCAGAGAAUGGAAGGGAAAAGUGCAAUGUUACUUGACAGUGGGAAAACUGCUUCCUCUGCACAGAAUGUUUCUUUUAAUACUACUGGUCAGUCAAAAGCUAAACUAGCAAUGGUGGGGGUUAAAGGUGUUGCUGCUGGUGAGUUACCUGGGAAAGCGACAGGGAAAAAGGAUGUGUCUAACACAGAGCCUGUGCAGAAAACACUGCCUUCUAAAACCAGCAGAAAUGAAGGUCGUAAAAGGCAAAAAGUGAGCAAUGCAAAGUCUAGAUCCAAAAGAAAGAACUCCUUUCAAUUAAAGAUUUCGAGUAAAUUUAUUGCAGGUCUGAAACGUGCUCGGGAGAGGAAGAAAUCCAUGCUUUUGAACAAAAAGCAGAAAUCAGAGCAUUUGCUCAGCCAGAGCAGCGCAUCAGGAACAGAGGUAGCUUCCCAGGAUACAGAUGUACUUACACGGGAAAAAGGAGCCCCACUGCCAAAAGGUGAAUGUAGUGGGGAGAAUGAGACAGCAAUAAAAGAAUCCAACUCUUGUCAGAAGCUCGCUGUGGAAGUGUCAGGUCCCCAUGUAGCAGAAACCUGUGAAAGACCAGAUGCUGCUCCUUUGUGUAUCAAAGAGGCAGAGGGCUGCAAAAAGGCUGCUGCUGCAGGAGGCUGGACGGAUUCACAUCUGAAUCUCUCCUCACAGCAGCAGAGUGUGGCAGCAGGACAAGUGGAUAAGGUUUGCAGAAGAACAAACAAAGCUGAGAACGUGCAGAUGGGGGCUGAGGAAGGAGAUAGCCACAGAGACAGCAGGGCAGAUUCAAAUGUGAGUCCCCCACUCCUACAGAGCAGUGCGGCAGUGGUAGAAGCAGAUAAAGGUAGCAAAGAAACAUGCCAGCAGAGUAUACACGUAUGUGGUCGUGGAGAGAAUAACCAGCAGGACAACAGGCAAGAUCCACGUGCAGGUUGUGCACUGCAGGAGCUAAGUGUGACAGCAGUAAGAGCAGGUGAAGCUAGUGGAGAGGCAUGUGCAGGAAACGGUGUGCACGUGUGCGUGGAGAAGGAGAGCAUUGCCUGCCAGGACAGUGACAGACAGUCAGAAAUUCAGGUAUCCAGCUCCAAUUGGGAAGGCAAAGUGCCUGUCCUGCAGCACAGGGAAACUGAUUGUGAACCGGACCAAGGGCAGGAAGUUUUAGAGAAGGACUGUGCAAAAUGUACUGACACACCAGCAGGGGACAGCCCAGAUUCCCUCAUGAAAUUGCAGGUAUCAGAUAAGUAAGUACACUUUUUUAUCUUUCCUCCCACAGUAACAGGCUUUUUAGAAAACAACUAUCCUUGUAAUUACCUUGAUAAGACAUGAGAAGGUGAUAAACUCAUAUCGUACACACACUAAGGUGAAAAAUGCUUCUAUAUAACAGGGGUAUCAUGGAUAAACGUGCUUAGGUUUUGUAGAAUUUUGUAAAUUAUUUAAAGCGUUCUAAGGAGAUAUUUUUUAUAAUGAUUUUUAGUGCUUACAUUACUACAGAGUGCUGUAGCUAUUGUAGAUGAGGAGAUACUGCCUAAUCAGGCUUUAAAUUAUGAGGCCUCUAAUCGUGUUGGAAGGAAACCUGUUUGUCAGUCUGUGAGGAGAUCCCAGGCGAACACAGCAUUUGCUGAUAGCGCAGUGCUUUGGAAGCUCACUGCCUGCCAUGUGUUUACACUCGAGCUGCCUUAGGACAAUCCUGUGUCCCCAGGGACUGCACAGUGAACUCAGCAAGCAGAACUCCAGCAGAGUUGGUGCAGCUGCAGGUGUGGAGGCCAUGAAGAUCCAAAUGCAAAUCCAGGCAGGCGCAGAGGGUCUGUCUGUCUGCUCAUCCCUGCGCAGCGACCGCAGUGGCCACAGAAAGCACCUUUGGAAUGCUGAACACCUCUUGCUAGCAGAUGAUUGGAAGCACAAUUGCAGUUGGAGCGAAGUGAAGGAAUGUCUGUUCAGACAUGACUUCUGUGGGUGUCACUAGACUUGGGUGUUGCUGGGCCUGCGAGCCUGAAACAAUUUCCUCCUUACUCUUGAGUCUAAUUCUGAGGCCCUGCAGUUACCCAGCAACGUGUUUGGAUUUUUCCAAAUGAACUUUCUUCAACUGAGUGCCCUUACUUUCCUUUUUCAGAAGUGGUUUCUAAGGUGUUACAUUUCUGUGAACUUCUACUUUCAUUUGCAAUUUUUGUGCAAUAGAGCAAAGCUAGAUUUGCUGCAGGAAGUCCCUAACAGAAACGCCACGGAUAUUUUCAGCACUGUUCUUUCAUACUUAGAGAGUUUUCUCUCUUUUUCCAGCACCCGGAAUAAAGCAAUUUUUCACUAC